AAACCCUGUGAAUCAUCUUCGUUGCCCCAGUUUAGCCCACCCUCAUUCACCACUUCUCAACUUGUCAACUCCUGAGUCCUCACCCUUACAGAGAUGAAGGCAUCUUUGAAGGGAAAGUAUGAGUACGACACACAAAAAACCGCCACCUCCGCCACUUCAACACUCGCCAUUCCAGCUGGCGACUUCAAACUCCGAGCUUCUAUGACCGAUGCCACCUUCGUUAAAGGUCCUUCCCUCAACGGCCUUGCUCUCUCUCUCGAAAAGCCUGGUUUCUUCAUUGUGGAUUACAAUGUCCCCAAAAAGGAUUUUCGAUUCCAGUUCAUGAAUUCAGUUAGGGUGCUAGAGAAGCCGUUGAAGCUCACUUACAUUCACAGUGUAAACGAUAAUCGUACUGUGUUGGAUGGAACUUUGGUGUUGGAUUCUAGUAAUAAGGUUUCUGUUAAUCAUAUGUUGGGUUCAAGGAAUGGUAAAUUGAAGUAUAAUUAUGUUCAUGGAGGCGGUACGACUUUCGAACCGUGCUAUGAUUUGGGGAAAAAUUGCUGGGAUUUUGCUUUGUCUAGGAGAGUUUAUGGAGAUGAUAUUCUUAAGGCUUCUUAUCAAUCCUCCAAUCGGAUUCUCGGUGUUGAUUGGACAAGAAAUUCUAAAUCAAAUGGAUGUUUUAAGAUUUCAGCAAUCUUCAAUCUGGCUGAGGAAGUCAAAAUGCCAAAGUUAAUGGCUGAGAGCACAUGGAAUUUUGAAAUGUGAUGCAUUCUUGAUAGUUCACAUUUACCCUUCUUUUUUAAAGAAAAGAUUAUCUUACAAGCAGCAAUGUCCUGUAACUGUAAUGCUGUUCUUGUUGACAUUAUGGAUUUUGAUGUGCGUUGACUUCCAGAAUGCUAUACUAGAAAUGAAAAAAAAUCUUUUUGAUGUGCCGCCUUCUAUAUUCUGACUCUGGAAACACAGGUUGGUGAAUUGUAACAUGUCAUAAUACUAAGAUUUCUAUGACUGAUUUGCAUUUGAUCAUUUGAUGUUUCUUUGUCCAGUACUUAACGCUACCAGCCAAGGAUUACCUUCCAGAGUUCCACUUUAAUGUUUUAGCUAUGUAGUGUUUCUGAUCAGUGCUUCUGUUGGCGAAGUUGAGCUUGGUGCCUGCUAAAAGACCUUGGAGCUUGAGGACUGUAUUAUUUAGAAUAUUUUGUUUUCUCUUUUUUUUUGUUAGUCUUCAUAUUACAAGUGGUUUUGGCGGGAUUUUAUCUAGGAAUAAAGAGCUCAUUGGGGUUAUUUAUCGCCCGUAUUUACUAAACAGAGCUCGUAUUUUUAUACCAUAUUGAUUUUUUUUA